AUGUUUGAUCACGAUGAUGAUGAUAAUGAUGAUGGUGAUGAUCUUGACAUGGCACCUAAUUUUGAAAAGAUGCGCGGUAUGGGUUUCAUUUGUUGGCGUGAAAUACCCGCAACGAAUGGCGAAGACCAGGAGGAUAAGCAAUUAAGUAAGAAGAAGACGAAACUGAAAAAUACGAAGGACAAACGAAAGCUUGAUGAAAUUGAGCCUGAUGAACAAGAAAUUGUAACGCCAGUUAAAAAAGCUAAAAAAAAGAAACCAAAGAAGAAAACACGUUCAAAUCAAACUCGUGCUACAUCUACACUUCAAACAGCUGAUGAAAAUAAGAAUGAAGAAGUUGACACUACUGCAAAUGCCGAUAGUUUUGACAUUGACAAAAAAGUCUGGUCUGAUCUUCAUGUCUCCGACGACAUCAUUCGUUCAUUGUUGGAACAAAAUUUUUCUGAACCAACUCCAAUACAACGAUUGACUUUACCCAUUGCUAUUCGUGAUCAUCAAGAUAUUAUUGGCGCUGCUGAAACAGGUAGUGGUAAAACAUUGGCUUUUGCUAUUCCAAUUCUUACUCACAUGUCAACAUUAUUGGAAAAUAAUGAAAUGUCCUAUGGACAAUUUACAAGUUUGAUUCUGACACCAACACGUGAAUUAGCUGUUCAAAUCAAAUCUCAUAUUCAGAUUGCUUGUCGUUAUACAAAAUUUAAAACUGCUGUCAUUGUUGGUGGUAUGUCAACACAAAAACAAGAACGUUUAUUAGCACAAAAACCCGAAAUUAUUGUUGCAACACCUGGUCGAUUUUGGGAAUUAUUACAAGAAAAUAAUGAGCAUACAAUGGAUAUGUCGAAACUUCGAUUUUUAGCUAUCGAUGAAACUGAUCGAAUGAUUGAAAAAGGACAUUUUGAAGAAUUGGAAAAAAUUCUUAAGCUAAUCAAUAGUGAUGAUAGUAAUCAAUCACGUCAGAAAUUUAUUUUCUCGGCAACACUCAUGUUACAAUCGAGUGAUGAUAAACAAAAGAAAAAAACAAAGAAAAAAAAUGAUAAUCAAGAUAAACUUGCUACAUUAAUUUCCGCUGUGGGUAUGAGUGCUAAGCCGAAGAUAAUUGAUUUAACAAAAAAAUUUGGUACAGUUGAAACAUUAACUGAAGCUCGUGUUAAUUGUCCAUUAGAAGAAAAAGAUAUUUAUCUCUAUUAUUUUCUAUCAUUAUAUCCCGGUCGAACAUUAUUAUUUACCAAUAGUAUUGAUUGUAUUAAACGAUUACAAUCGAUUUUAACACUCUUAAAAAGAAAUCCAUUGCCAUUACAUGCACAAAUGGAACAAAAACAACGUUUGAAUAAUUUAGAAAGAUUCUCUAGUUCGGAAAAUGGAUUAUUAAUUGCUACCGAUGUAGCAGCACGUGGUUUAGAUAUUCCAAAUAUCAAACAUAUUAUUCAUUAUCAAGUACCAAGAUCAACAGAACUUUAUAUUCAUCGUAGUGGUCGUACAGCUCGUGCUGAUCGUCAAGGUUUGAGUAUAAUGUUUAUUUGUCCCGAAGAAGUAUUUCUCUAUCGGAAAAUUAUUAAAACACUCAAUCGAGACGAAGAUCUUCAAGCAUUUCCUAUUGAUAUAACUUAUCUAGCAAAUUUAAAACAACGUGUUCGUCUUGCAUCUGACAUAUCUAGAUUACAUCAUCAAGUUGCUAAAGUAACGCAUGAAGCAAGUUGGUAUCAUAAAGCAGCUAAAGAAUUAGAUAUUGAAUUAGAUGAUAACAUAGAAGAUAUUGAAAAAGCUAGAUCAGCCAAUACAAAAGAAGUUCAGAAAAAAGAAAUGCAAUUACGCAAUGAACUUGAUCUUUUAUUAAAACAACCAUUAAAAUAUACAUCGUCAUUGAACGUAAGUCGUUCAUAUCCACUUCUAUUUGGCGAUCCUGAUCAAUUAGCAUCAAGACGAAAAAAUGAUACAACUGCAUUAGAUGAAUUGAAACAUCGAUCAUAA